AUGAUGAAUGCUGAGAAAAGGGUUCAUGAUGUGGAGAAUCGAGCGCAGUCAGAGAUCGAGGGGGCGCAGAAGAAGUACCUGGCUGAGAAGACGAGCUCUGCGGUUUUGGAGAAGAAACUGCGUGAUGAUGGUCAGCAAUUUGAUCGGGCGUCUAGAGGGUAUAGACAACAAUUGGAUGGCGUGCUGAGCUCGGUGGAGACCCAGAAACGACAGUUUGAGGAUAACUUUAUGAACCUUAUGGAACGUUUCGGCAUUUUGUCUCACCACGAAACAGAGAAACUUCGUAACCUGACAACCGCAUUCGAGGAGAGGGUGCGGAAGCUACCACAAAUUAUGUCCAAGACGGCUGAGGAUAUCGAGCGCGACUUCACAGCUUCCCAGCAGCAGAUAGAGGUACGUUUGAGUGAACUACAAAGUCGGGCUAAGAACGCCGAGACUGAGGAAGAACGGGCAGCGGCGAUGCAAGCUGUGGAGGCAUUGGAACAAAUGCGCACACUGGCUGAGCGGGUUAGGGGAUCUAAUGCGGCGUUGAAACAGAAAAUACUCAAUGGUGAGCAGAUUGAUAGUCGGCAAGUUGACGCAUUGCAGACCAGUAUGAAGAGUGUUGUGGGAAAUCUAGAGAUACUGGAUGCUCAUCUCAACAGCGAGACGAGUAACUUGCAAAGAGAGGUUGAGAAUGUGGCGCAACGGACGAGUUUGCUUUUCCAUGGAUUGGAGGCGGCUAUGAAUCAGACUAAUGCCUUGCUUGAUAGGGAGCAGAAGGAGUCGGAGUUGUCGACCAAAUUUGCCAUCCAG